AUGGAAGAUACUCAGAGUCUCCAUCGCGAGGCAGGCCAGUCUACAUUGUCAUUCCAUGUCGAACCCAAACACGAGUUAGUAACAACAGCGACGCCUCUUCUUGACCUCAACGAUGCAACUCUUAUGCCACAAGGCUGGCCAACAUCGCCAAGCCGUAUCAAGCGUUCUCUGUCUACAAUGCUGCUGAACGGGGCAUUUGACAUUGCUUUAUGCUUGUUCUCGUCAUGCUUCCUUAUCUUUUCGCUGGUAGUCAUGUAUCACGACGACGCUCCGACAAGCGAAAACCCGAUGACUGUCGAUGGCUUAAUAAGAGCCACUAAAUAUAGUCCUACCAUCUUCCCGAUUCUCUUCGCUUCCGUCGUUGGGCGAGCAACCCACGCGAUACUUCUCUGGCGCCUAGAGAAGGGUGAACGGAUCCAGAUACUCGAUUCGUUAGCAACUAGCACAUCCCUCACGAGCACGGUAACAUCACAGAUCCACCUCCGUCAAAUCAACAUCACGAGUGUUUUGCUCGUUAUGUUAUGGGCACUAUCACCUAUUGGCGGUCAAGCAUCGCUCCGACAAAUGUCCAUUGGUACGGUGGGGAAACGCAGUGAUGCGUCAUUCCAAUAUGUUAUACCGACUAGGAAACAGGAUGCCGGGGUUGUGACGGGUACGACCACGACAAAUCUUGUGAUCAGCGCCAUUAUUGGUUCCUCGAGUACGAAAGCCUCUCCGAUCGAUCUAUGGGGCAACGUCAAAAUACCUAAGAUCGAGCACUACGAGAAGACAGCAGAACCAGACAGUGACGGCUGGUUCAAUACCAGGUUAGGUGACGAUGAUUUAGCUACUUAUACGUCUCUCGUGGGUAUUCCCACAGAUGGUGGUCGAGAUGAGACAACUACAACCGACUAUGACUUCCAUAUUCAAACGGAAUAUCUCCACCUAAUAUGCGCGUCCGAUAAAAAAACGGAGAGUGUUAAUGUGCUAAAACUGCCUUCAGGCGUUUCCAACACUACUAGCAAGAACAAGGUCAUAUGGUGGUCAGAGAACGACGUAGUAAACAGAUCGAAAAAAGCGGUCGAGACACUGGAACCGUUCAGUUUCUCUUAUUCCAAGUUAUACUGGAAUGAUCAAAGCAGUGUUUCCUGCUCAACGGAAAACAGUUAUGUAGAAGUUGAGGUUUUUUGCGCUAUGAAUUCGACCUGUCGAGCUGUCAAAGUGCGCCGCUCGCAACUGCCCCAACUCUCACCCGCAUCUACCUUGAUGGACUUAGACCAAGGAUACAAUGCACGUAUGUUCAUGAGUGGCUUCCUUUCGAGUGUAGGCGAACAGGGAGAGUACACUAUUGGGAACAGCGUCCUUGACAGAUACUUGAAGGAUCCCUCUCUUGGGGGGACCGUGUAUCAGAGCAGCAACGAAUCACAGAUCUCUGAUGAGGCUUGGUCUGACAGACUCGGUCACUUGUUAAAUUCGUACUGGACCUGCAUAUAUGGUGUCUACACCAUAACUGGCGGGAUUCACGCCGACACUGCUUACAAUUGGGACGGGAGCUCAAACAUUACAUUUGAGCCGCCCAAAAUCGACCCUGACGGUUCUAACUCCACAGAGAACUAUGGUUGGACAUACGACAACCUUGAAUGGAACAAUCUGAACUACAAAUCGAGGGUGUGGCCAUCACAAGGCAACAAGUACGAACACAUCGAGGUUGUCAAAGCCCAUAUGUCCUGGGCUAUGACACUCGCCAUCGCAUCCCUCGUCCUCAUCGCAUCCAGCUUCGUUCCACCUAUAGUCCGUCACUUCCUCACCACCGGCCCCGAUAUAGCGAUAAAUUUCUCGAGCCUGGCCACGAGGAACAAUUCCUGCGUACCAAUUCCUGCCAGUGGAUCGUAUCUCCCUGCAGCGGACCGGUUCAGGCUGCUUAAGGACCUGAGACUCCGUUUUGCCGAUGCGGAGGGCAAGUCUGACGUCGGAAACCUGGUAAUCGCUGCUCAGGGCGUUGAGAAAGCGGAAUAUUCGAGAGUUCGCAAGGGGCGGUUGUAUGAAUGA